AGUACUGGAAGAUUUGAAGGGGAGCACCACACCAAACAUGGCAAACACAAUGAAGUUGGCUAGGAACUUCAACCGAGAGUCCAGGACGUUCGUAUUAGGAGUUUUCGUCAUCGGAUGCUUCCUGCUCUCAAUAACCUUCAUUGUGGUGUCUCAACCUCAGGCAAUUCCUUUUACCAGUGCGGGUUGGAAACCAUCAGUGCAAGGGGCUCCAAGCACUCCUAAGGCCAAAGAUACAAUACAUUCUCAACAAUUGGGUGAAGUUUCAGGACAAGAAAAGGCAACAGAGCAGAGCGAGCUGGAAAUGGAGAGAGAUAAUGAGACUCAGGAGAAAAGCGUAGAAGGUGAAGUCUUAAAAGCCCAUCAAGAUGAAAUGGAUGGUGAACUUAGCCUUGCCAUGACUUUGGACAACGUCACAGUUGAUUCAGUUCAGAAGGAAACUCCGAGCACUACAGAUAAACUAGAUAGCGGCAUCGACAUGCAGGAGAGAAGCACAAAAAGUGAUGAAUCCAAACCCCAAGGAGCCAACUUUGAUGUCACAGGGAGCAAAAAUGAGACCAAGGAUGGAAGCACCACAUGCGAUGACCCCAAUUCAGGUCAAUGCGAAAAGAAUGGGGAAGCAAGACCCCAGGAGAACUCCAAUCCUGCCAUUGUUGAUCCAACUCAGCAACAAAACAGGAGAAAUUCCAAGCAACUGGGUGUGGGGGGCCAAAAUAUGAAUCAAGAGAAGAAGCCAUUAUGUGACUUUUCACACUACCGAGUAGACCAAUGUGAGAUGUAUGGAGAUAUCAGAAUUCACCGGAACCCUUCCUCUGUUAUAUCUGUGGAAUCCACCGAAAGAAAUCAAUCAUGGCGAGUUAGACCGUACCCUCGCAAGGGAGACAACGUUGCCCUUGGCCAUGUUACAGAAGUGAUAGUCAAAUCAAGCAAAGAAGGCCCUCCAUGCGGCAUAACUCACAACGUCCCUGCUAUAGUUUUCUCAGUUGGUGGAUACACAGGAAACCUCUUCCAUGACUUCACUGAUGUAAUGCUUCCCAUCUUCUUAACCGCCAGCCAGUUUAAUGGAGAGGUUCAGUUCGUCAUAACCCAGGCCAGGUCCUGGUGGAUGCACAAGUAUCUGCAUGUGUUCCAAAAGCUUUCUCGGUACGAGAUCAUCGACUUCGACAAUGAUGACCGAGUUCAUUGCUUCAAGCAUGCAACUGUGGGUCUUCGAGCCCAAAUGGAGUUCACCAUCGACCCCUCACAAGAUCCUAAUGGGCAUUCCAUGGUCGACUUCGGUCGGUUCAUGAGAAGUGCCUACUCAUUGGAGAGAGACGCCAUGACUAGAAUCGAAGAGUACCCCCGCAGAAAACCAAAGCUUUUGAUGAUAUCAAGGCGGCAAACCAGAAGACUCACCAAUGUUGAUGAGAUAGUUCAAAUGGCAGAGGAGCUGGGCUAUGAAGUGGUGGUUGAUGAGGCUGAUGUAGGAAGUGACAUAGCUCGGUUCGCAAAAAUUAUUAAUUCUUGCGACGUGAUGAUGGGAGUGCAUGGGGCUGGCCUCACCAAUCUAGUGUUCCUGCCGGAGAAUGCAACCAUCAUCCAGAUAGUACCAUGGGGUGGGCUAGAAGGGAUAGCCAUGUUUGAUUUUGGAAAUGGAGCCAAGGCCAUGAAGCUGAACUAUGUGCAGUAUAGUAUCAGCGUAGAAGAGAGCACCCUGACAGAGAUAUACCCAAGAGACGACCCUGUGUUCAGGGACCCCAUAUCGUUUCACCAACGUGGGUGGGAUCAAAUAAAGGAAACAUUCAUGAGCAAACAGAAUGUGAAGCUAGAUAAGAGCAGGUUUAGGAAUGUUCUGUGGAAAGCCCUGGAGCACAUGAUGCAAUAGAAGAAAAAAAAGAGGUGUUUCUUGGAGGCUAUCUUUCGAUUCAUUUUUUUCACCAAUUAAUUCUUAUUUAUGCUGAAAAGAUUUCACAAGAAAGAUGUCUGCAGUUUGAAGUUCAGACUUGAUGAAUGAUCUUGUUACGAAUAUUUCUGUGGAGGACAUUGUGUAGUUCAACCUUCCUUUCAUUCAGCAAAAAGAAUAACUUUUAGAGGA